UAGUAAGAAAUUCCGCGUCGGGAUUGAAUUGAAUCUCAUCCGAUUUUCGAACGUUCCGUUGCGCGACGGGACGCGGGGAACGUUUUCACGUAUAGCAAGCAACUUUAAUACGCGGGCAAAUUUCAAUUUCCACUUUGUCGUUUAUAAUAUCGUCUAUCAUAAAAGAUACAAGAAUUGGGAAAUGCGUUGCAUUAAAAUGCCGGGUACAAUUAACAAAAGUAUAAAAUUCAUAUAUUUAAUUCAUAAUAUUUCUUAUGAAAUAAGUUUCGAAUAAAAUAAUGUCUGAUUUUGACGUAAUAUAAUUCCCAUGUCUGUUAUGUUUAUAAGCACAGCAUUUAAGAUACUCCGUGUUAAUUCUGAAGAGGUAAUAUAAAAAAAAAAAAUUGAACGUAUGUUAUAUUACGUUCUUGGAGAGUGAAAAAACGAUCUUGAAGCCCAAUAGGAAAUAAAAUUAGAUAUUGUUUAAUAAUUUUAAAUGAAAUUCACAAUUUGUAUUUCAACUGAAACAACAGGAUUUUCGUCGUUAUUUGUAACUGUAAGUAUACUGAAAUUAAUGCCGAGGUUCCCAGCAGUAAUUUCAGCAGAGCAUGAAUUCCACUAGUGAUACUGCAUAACAUCCAUCUUCUAAGUACAAACAACAAGGAAUAAGGCUCGAACCGCGUUGACUUUAAGAACGAAAUCGCACUCAGCAAACAGAAUUCAUCCAACUCUCGAACUGUUACGUACAAACACUCAUUCAGUCAAAGUAAACACGCCUUGCCAGGGGCAAAGGUAUUCAAACACACGGACACUCUGCAUAGGAAGGCUGUAUAUUCAAUUUGUUAAGAUUCGUUACUUUAUACGUAUUUGUUAACGCGUUGACCGUGAUGGUGGUCACUGGUGUCUGACGCCUCGAACUGACAACAUUUCUAUGUAUAUUUUCGAUGUUGUUCCGGAUUAGAAUUCUCGAUACACUGUCAGAUAAUUAUGUGACUUAUGCUUAUUACAAAUUUUAAUGUCUUACUAGAUCACGUUCACGGAGUGAAUUUAAAAAACAUUCUAAUAUAGUUAAUCUCUUUUAGUUAUUUAAUCUACAGAAUUCCAUAGCAUACGAUUAUUCGAUUAAUUAUUAAAAAUUCAUAUAAUUUAAACCCCGAUAAAACGCGAGUUACAAAUGAAUCCCUUAGAAAUAAAACUUGACGAUAUUCUAAGAUUAAAUAAGAUUUCAAAGAUCGAGUAUAUACAAAAAAAAAAAAAGUUGAACUCAAAAGAAAUGAAACACGACUCGCUGCAUUAGUUGUACUUGAAAAGUAAAAGACGUAGGCCCUGUUUGAAAUACGCCCAGGAUACAAUUAAGCAAUUAUCGGUGGGCUCGCAGACGUCAAGGGAAAGUUUGCAACUUAAUCCUAGAACGCUGUAACCUAAUUUCUCCUAAUUUCGGGGGUGGUUGUUGGAGGAGAGGGGUAUGGGCGACUAAACCGUGCGCCGUUACACGCUCGAAAUUGUUUCAACAAUCCGCCGGAACACGGAGUUUCUAUUUUCUCUCUAAAAUACCUCGGCAACACCCCUGUGCGCGAGGUCGCGGGGACGUCAAGAGACAAAAAGCGCGACACACAGGGGACGAAUUGUCUCCGACACUUUGGUCAGCAGCCCGGAAGCACGGCUGGUGGUACCGUGGCAGCGUGUAACCCGAAGGAAAAGACAUUCACCCUGAGGAUGGCGAACGUAAACUCAGGGGAUGCACGUUAGAGCACAUUGGUCGUUGGUUCGUUGGGUCGGCCGACACGGAUGAUGCUCUCUCGGGGGUCGGGACAAGCUCCGGAGAAGCUCUGAUCGUGGCGGGUCGUGCGGGGCUCCGAGCCUGCGCGCUAUCCUGGAAAUUCGCGGAGUCGGUGCGCGGGGGGCGCGUGGCGGCACCGGGGGUGUCAGUCACGGCCCAUCUGCCCACCAUCGAGCACAUCCAUGGCCAUAAUUGCAGCAACUAACGACCGAUCGAUCGAGCCAUGAGGACGCAUCAGCCACGGGCUCGUGUCGCCUGGAAUGUAGUCGUUUAAAGGAGCAACCGGGACAAUAAAAAAAAAAAAAGGGGGCAAAACACGCGAAAGAUAAAUUGCAACGGUCGCGAUCCCAUCGACGAAACGGCUUGUCGCGGCACGAGGUAUCCACCGGAAAUAACGGUGACGUCACGACCAGCAAAUGUCCUCGUCGAGCUUUCGCGAAAGCCCGUCGCCGAGCCGUUCACGAGACACGAGAGGAAAGAGAGACACCGAAGACGGCACCGGUCGUCCCAGCUCAUCUGCGUCAAUUUCACGAGAAGACUCGACGGAACGAGCAAACGGCGUACAUAGUCAAUCCUAGAUCCUAAUCAAUCCUGGAGUCUAGUCAAUCCCCGGUAACCCCUGGCUGUGUUUAUCCUCAAAAUCGUAAUCGAUAGUGUUCAGCGAUCUCGUCUCUUCGGUCGCGGGUUCCUUUUUGGACCACUGGGCGCAAGAAGCGAGGUGCAACGUCGUGGGCGGCGGCCAAAGGAGACGACGUCGACAUUAGUUGUAUAGCCAAGUGAUAUUCGUUUAAAUAGAGAAUAGAAGAAGAGGAAACUCUUAGAUAUCACGCGUAGUACAAAAGUAGAAGAAACACCGUAGCGUUCGCGGGAUCCAGUCCACGUGUAUUCGUAUGCCGAGUUUCGUUCGUAAAGAUCCAACGAUAAAUCCGUGUGAUCGAGAAGCAAUAAAGAUCCUAGUUCACUCGUUCGUAAGCAUCCGCGCCUCCGGGAUCUGGUGUUCGGCUGUGGUUUUAUUGUGCGGUGCUUCUGUUCGUCGAGUUCGGGACUGUUGAGGGAGAGAGUGCGUCGGCAGCAAUGGCGUUCGCCGCGGCGAGAAUGAUCCUUAAGGAUAAGCGACGGAAGGCCAGCAAAGAGGACUUCGCGCCGCGAAACAGGAGCAAGGCCCGCAGCGCCAGUACAAGUAGCUUUAGAAGCCUGAGCCAGGCUCGCAACAAACCAGCGGACGGAGUCGGCCACGUGAACCAGAAGGGCUCCACGGGUCAAAAGGCGCCGUUGACGCCUGGACAGAAGGUUCCUCCUGGUGGAAAAAGCGCAGCGAAACCGGCUCAGAAACCAACUGCUCAGAAAGGACAGGUGAAGGUCACGCCGAAAGCAGCUUCCGUAAAAACUGGAAAGAACAAGAAGAAGGGCCAGAGGCAGCAAUACGACCUCAUCGUUACCAUCAAUCUGUCCGAGUAUGGGCUCACGGAGGAUCAAGUGGCAGAAUUCAAGGAAGCGUUCAUGCUCUUCGACAAGGACGAAGAUGGCACCAUCACGAUGGCAGAACUCGGCGUGGUCAUGCGAUCAUUGGGACAGAGGCCGUCGGAGACGGAAUUACGAGAUAUGGUGAACGAGGUGGAUCAAGAUGGGAACGGUACCAUUGAAUUCAACGAGUUCCUGCAAAUGAUGUCGAAGAAGAUGAAGGGCGCCGAUGGAGAAGACGAGCUGCGCGAAGCAUUCAGAGUAUUCGACAAGAACAAUGACGGCCUGAUCUCAUCGAAAGAAUUGCGACACGUGAUGACGAACCUCGGUGAGAAAUUAUCGGAGGAAGAAGUCGACGACAUGAUCAAGGAAGCAGAUUUGGAUGGCGAUGGAAUGGUGAACUAUGAAGGUAAUUUAUUUUUUUUUUUUAAACAAUUCCAGACAAAUUUUACAUGUAGCAUCCUUAGAAACACCUACCGCUUCUUCUUUAAAUUCUCUUUCGUCCAUUUCUCAAACUCUUUCUCUCCCCAAAGUCCUUCAAAAACUCUGUAUCGUCGAGUGGGAGUACUUGCAACACUUUUCCACUCCGAAACUAUGCUUGUACGAUGUUCGAGAUGAGUAGGUGAAAAAUGAGCGCGCAAACAGUUCAGUUUUUAGUUCAAGUAUCAGGCUCUGUAAAAAGAGAAAGCUCGGUUUUUUCGCGGUGUAGACGUAGAGUCAAAAAGUUCGCUGUUGUAAGUUGCUCCAGCUACAUUCGUUAAUGGCUCUCGCUCCUCUCGAUAUAAAUAUUCAUUUUCUACAUCGUCAACGAAUUGUCCUUUUCGAUCGCUCAAGUUACCACCAAGUUAUUUUCAAUUUAAUUAACCGCGUGAAAAAGCGUUAAAAACUUGAAGUGGUUCCGAUCCAGUGACCAGAUGCUGUAUAAAUAAUUGAUAAAGGACGAAACAUCGAACGAUGAAAACGUAGGAAAAUAAACUAAUG